UUAAGCGGAUAUCCAAACCCACAUGGUCUGUGCGAAAAACCACCAAACAACGCCCUUCUUCAACCCCUGCGCUUUGCCUUCUUCAGCCGCCUCUUACAAAGCACAAUGCUCCAUCGAUUCUUCUUAAGCUCCGUAAGCAACAACCAAACUUUUCCCUUUUACUAUCACUUCUAAGCAGAACACCAUUUUUGACUAACCACUGACUCUCUGAUCUUCCUUUGGGUUUCAGCAGCUUGCAGAAAGAGAGUGUUAAUCUAAAAUAGGAAUAGAAACACAUAAUGACAUAGAAGAUCAGAAAAUUACAACAAGUCAUCACGAUAUUGGGUGGAGAGUAAUGUUAGAAGAACAGUAUCGAAAAGCCAAAGAGAAUGCAGAGACUUACCCCUAUGUGUGGGCUUCCUACAUUGUUGUAUAUGGUGGUUUUGCUCUCUGGACUACCUACAGGUGGAGAAAGCUCCGCAAGACCGAGGACAGAGUGCGAGGCCUACAGGAAAGGUUACGCAAGCUUGUUCAAGCUGAAGAAUCUACAGGUUCUGCUGCCUCUGUCGAAAAGGUUCCACCAUUUGCUGAUAAAUCCCCAAAAUGAAAUGAUUAGCUGAUUUUGUUUAAGAUUCUUUACCCCUUAAAAAUUGCUUGAAUUUCAGAAUGGAUAAUAAUAUUUGCAUGGUCAACUGGGGAAAACACUAGGAAUGAAUGUUCUUGGGGGUUCAAGUAUCGUUCAUCUCCUUGUCAAGUUGUAGUUAGGAAAAAAAAGAAGUCUGAAUUAGAGUAAAGUGAGGUUAAGCAUACAGUGAGUUAAUGAAUGUAUGAUUCGGCUAAUCCAUUUCAUUGUACAAAUCUUUAGUGAAGUUGGGCUCACAGUUUUGAUUGACUUUCAAAUAUAAGUUUUUAUGCUUUCUGACUGCAAAGAAUCUUAAACUUCAUUGUUUCUGCUUUCUCUAUUUGCAAAUGUGGAUUGUUUUAUAUUCAUAUUAUAUUGGCUCAGUAUUUGGUGCUUGCUGAUGGUAAUUGACCCUCAGUAUUACCUCAGGUUGGAUAACCUGCCAUCUGUAAGCUUUACCGUUAUCUCUUGGAUUAAUGUUUUUACUUGGAAAGUUGGAAUA